GUGAGUUGAAGAAACUGCUUUGAAAAUACAGAUAAUGAGACAUGCAGAACACUGAAAAGGUGACCAGAUGUCCUCCUUUUCCAGGACAUGUCCUCCAUUUCAGCCUUGUGUCCAGGAGGAAUUCCAAAAUGACCAUUUUGAACGCGACCAGGAAGCAUGAAUUCAUAUAGACGUCUUGCCAUUUUCAACUGUGUUACUGGUAAUGGAAAUGCAACAACUGAACAAGAAGCCAAGAGAUUUUCCAGCAUCUACCCAAAUGAAAACUGUACAGAUGGCACCACAGGAUGGCAGAGAAGAGGGCAUUUUUCUAAGUGUCCUGAGGAAUAUAAGCACUACUGUGUCAAGGGAAAAUGUCGUUAUGUUGCAGUAGAACAGACACCAGCAUGCAUCUGUGAGAAAGGUUACACUGGUGCAAGAUGUGACAGGUUGGACUUGUUUUAUCUGAGAGGAGAUCAAGGUCAAAUGGUGGUGGUUUCCUUGAUAGCUGUUAUGGUGCUGCUAAUCAUCCUGGUUGUUUGUAUAUGCAUUUGCACUCAUUAUUGUCGUAAGAAGCGUAGGAAGAGGAAAGAAGACGAAAUGGGAACAUUUGAUAAGGGACUGCCUCUUAAAACUGAGGAUAUUCUAGAGACAGACACUGUGUGAAGAUUGUUAAAGGUUCCUGCUGGCAGGUGCCCUUCUCCUCUCAAUGACUUUCAUGAGGGUUAGUGACUUGAAAAUAAAUGUGGCGGAAUGGACAAGGGUCUAUUGUUUACAUUCAUUUGUAACCCUUUAUUUUGUGAAAUUGGAUCAAAUUGUUUUGUGUAGAAAACCAGGGACUGAGCGCAGUUCUUCCAGCUUCUUGAGUUCAUCAAAAUGAAAGGGAAACUGGUAUUGUAGUCAUACUUAGCACAGACUGAUGUCAUAGAUAGCAAAACUAAUGGAUCUAAUAAUGCCAUCAGGAAUAAAUAUAAUGGCAAUUCAGGAAUAAAUAUAACACACAAUUUAGUUUGAAUGUUGUUUUUAAGUAGCAAGGAAAUGUUUUAUUGGCUAUGUUCAAAACAUCUGUACCCUUUUGUAUUUUGGUUUGGCAUAAUCUUGACUGAGACCGAUGCAUUAUAAUUGUGUUCCAACAAUUUAUAAAAUGCCAGUGUUGAGAUAUCUUGUCCCUUAGAUAUUUUCAAAGAUGGAAAUGAGUUGAAUACUUGAUCUUUCUAGCAUGUCUUAAGCUUCUCAACACACUUUAGCACUGCUCUCAUUCAACUGAAAUAGCAAAUUAUCAUACACACUUUUUAGGUUGAGCAAAUGUAUGCCACAUCUAGAAUUCAGUACUACCAGAGGACAAUAUUAUUAAAGUAUUUUAUUUUGAUAUACAGUCAGCCCUUCAUAUAAACGGAUUUUAUACACAGAUUCAAGCAUA